AUGGGACUAGCAUUAACAAAGAUAUGGAGAAAUUUAUUUGGUAAGAAGGAUAUGCGAAUUCUAAUGGUUGGGUUAGAUGCUGCUGGUAAAACAACUAUCUUAUACAAACUAAAGCUAGGUGAGGUAGUGACAACAAUACCAACAAUUGGGUUUAAUGUUGAGACUGUUGAAUAUAAGAAUAUAUCGUUUACAGUUUGGGAUGUAGGUGGUCAGGAUAAGAUUCGACCAUUAUGGAGACACUAUUAUUCAAAUACUGAUGGUUUAAUCUUUGUCGUUGAUAGUAAUGAUAGAGAACGUAUUAAUGAUGCGAGAGAUGAAUUAGCAAGGAUGCUUAGUGAAGAUGAAUUACGUGAUGCUGCCCUCUUAGUAUUUGCAAAUAAGCAAGAUUUACCAAAUGCUAUGAGUGCUACUGAUGUUACAGAGAAACUUCAAUUAAGUAAUAUUCGGAAUAGACAUUGGUACAUUCAAUCUACAUGUGCAACAUCUGGUGAUGGUUUGUAUGAAGGUCUUGAUUGGUUAUCAAGGACUUUAGCAUCAAAAAGUAGUAGUUAG